ACUCUUUAUGAUAUUGAAAUAUUAUAUUUUAGACAUAAAAUCAUGAAGUUCUUCGCUGUAUUCGCGGCCGUGUGCGCCGUGGCCUCCGCCGCCCAGGGCUGGACUCUGCCCCAGCUGUCCAGCGCUGUGACCAGCCCCAUCACCGACGCUGCCUUCAAGCCGGUCCUGAUGCAAGCCCUGGACCACGUCAUGGAGAACAUCUUCUCUGGACUGGAAGGCCCCAUCUCUAUCCAAACCUCUGAGGGAGUGUCUGGUUUCUACAACCUCCGUCAGCUGGAAGCCGCUCUGCUGAACCCCAGCAUCCACCCCGUCUUCGUCCCCCACAUUGAGGAUGCUUUCAACAAGCUGAUCAGCGCUGUGUUCGCUGGAGAGGAUGUUCAAACCAUCGCCCUCAUGGUCCCCGCUCUGGAGUUCACCUACAUGACCCUGUCCGAGCUGGACGUGGCCCUGUCGAGCCCUGCCACCAACCCUGCCCUGGUGCCGUACCUGGAGCAUGCUGGUAACGUGCUCAUCGCUGCCCUAUUCGGCGGCCAAGAUGUGGACGGUAUUGUUGUUGCUUUCCCCGCUGGUUUGGGAGCGAUCGGUGGAGUUGCCCCCUCCCCUGUGGAGGUUGCGGAAGCCGCCCCUGUGGUCCCCGGCCCUGUUGUGGUCCCUGCCCCCGUCGUUACCGGCCCCCCUGCUUCUUCCUCAAGCCCCCUCGUUCAGAUCAUCUUGAACGUACAAAAUUCCCAGGACGUCGGCGUUGUUGGCAGCCCUGUCAUCCCCAGCCCCAUCGUCGUCCCUGGCCCCAUCGCCGUUCAACCGAUCCCCGGUCCCAACCCCCCCAUUGCCGUGCAGCCCAUCCCCAUUAUCCCUAGCCCCAGCCCCGUUGCCCCCAAUCCCAUCCCUGGCCCCAUCGCCGUUCAGCCAAUCCCCGUUAUCCCUAGCCCCAGCCCCGUUGCCCCCAAUCCCAUCCCUAGCCCCAUCGCAGUUCAGCCAAUCCCUGUCUAAACUACAACUCUACAUAAGACCGUGAAUCUAAUAAAUAUUUAUUAAUCAAUUAAA